AUGGCCGACUCUACUUAUGCUAACAGAGAGCAGCAGAAUAAUCAAAGAUUCGACCAGCUUGCUCUGACGCUCCACCAAUUCCGUACUACAGUGAACAAUGACAUUCACGGUUCUAUACAGCAAGAGAACCUGACUCUUGAUUUGUUGGGAGAGAAUUUCAACCAGCUCAUGAAUCAGGUCAAAAGGACCAGCUCUGAUUUGAGAGGAGUAAUGGCAAGAAAUGCCAGUAUUACCAGAAUAGUGGGGAUAAUAUUGCUAUGCUUCGUGGUUAUCUGGAUGUUGCUGAAGUUGAGAUAG